AUGUGGACGUCUGCAUUCAACUUCCUACUCGCACUGCUCAUAUUUGCAUUCAAUCUACUUGUACUUAUCGCUAUUUCAUCCGAUAAACAUCUUCAUUCCACUACACACCUGCUCAGUUGUAAUCUUUGGUUGUGUAACUGCAUAUCGGCUAUUGUUACUAUUUUCUUCAGCCUUACUCCGUCAUAUCAGAACGUAGUUCACUGCUCAAUCGACGGUAUUUAUAACUUUAUGUCAAUGAACAACGAAGCUGCACAACGUGUACGUUCAUGGGGUGAUGGCUGGACCACAGUGGAGCAGUCAGGAGCACAUGCAGCCGCUGUACUACUCAACUCAACAGUUAGCCUACUCAGUCUGCUUACUAUUGGAGUUGUUCAUGCACUUUCCCGACACAACUACCAUCUAUCCAAAUGUCAGUCAUCACGCCUGCUUGCCAGCAGUUGGAUAUUGGUGGCGAUUCUUCUUCUGGCGGAUUUCCUGCUCGUUCGAACAUCACGAUCACUCGUCCUUGCUGUACCAUUUCAUCUGGCCCUCCUAUCUGUGUUCCUUCUUCUGAAUCUCAUCAUUCAUCCCUUGAACCUUAUUAUACUCAGUCGAACUCGCUCUCAACCUCAGGUGAGUCAGGUAGCGGCGGUCAGGCCGGCACUCGUUUCUGUCAAUCACUUUUUGGGGCUUCUGUCCUUUUCACACGUCAAAGUCAGACACGACAUUCUUUUGACAUGA